GUAAUUUCAGUCCUUAGCCAGCCGGUGGUGUCACUCAUCAGCAGUACUUCAACUGAACAUACCCUUCACUGCUGAAUGGGAUAUAAGUUGUAAGAGAAGUUUCUGUGCUGUUGUUUCGAUGGUCAGCCAUGGAUGAAGAUGACAGCCAAGAUGAGCUGAUUAACCGCAGUUCAUCUCACAGCAAAGGAAAAAGAGCUGCAUUAUGGCCAAUCUCAGAUGAUUCAGAUGAUCUAGAGGAGGAGUCUGAAGAGGGAGACUUUGAUAGUGGUGAUGAAGAAGAAGAACAUAAUGCAAAUGGAGAAGAUGAUGAGGAGGAAGACAGUGAUGAGGAGGAUGAUAAUGAUGAGGAGGAAGAUGCUAAGCCAGAGAAAGGAGCCUUUGAGGGAAGUUCUGCUGACUUUGCAGAGAUGAGCUCAGAUGAGGACAGAGAAAAGUGUCCCAUCUGCCUGAACUCAUUCACUAGCCAGCCUGUUGCAACACCAGAGAACUGUGAGCACUACUUCUGUUUCGACUGCAUCCUAGAAUGGACUAAGAAUGCAAACUCGUGUCCUGUGGACCGCAUUGUCUUUGACAACAUAUACCUCAGGAAGUCUUAUGGAGGAAAAGUAAAGAAAAUUGUCACAGUUCAGAAGCCUGCAAAGGCAGGUCAGGAGGAAACAGUAGACCUAGACCUGGAGCAAACCAACUGUGAGGUGUGUGGGGGGAGUGACCGUGAGGACCGACUCUUGCUCUGUGAUGGCUGUGAUGCGGGGUAUCACAUGGAGUGCCUCACACCUCCUCUUGAUGCUGUUCCUGUGGAGGAAUGGUUUUGUCCUGAGUGUGAAGCCAACAAUCGCCAGUCAAGAGGUUCAGCUGAAGAGAUCAGUGACACAGAAAGCAUGUCCUCUACUCCCCGUCCGGCCACCAGUCGGCCUCGAAUUCGCACCGUCGGUCCCACCAGAGCUAUCGCCCGCACUCAACAGAGUGAGAGGGUUCGAGCCAACGUCAACCGACAUCGCAUAACCCAGGCACGCACAUCACAGCUGGCUCCAACAUAUCUGAUGCAGUCAACUUGGCUAGAUGAAACCAUUAAUGCUGUGGUUGCUGGGCUCAACACGGCCGUGUACGUACGGGAUAUCACCACUCGGGCCCCGUCAAGUCAAAGACGCAGAGCUGGAAGGCGUAGAAAGGUGAGAAGAAAGAAGACGUCUGCUAAGGGGAAAAAUGGUCUAGCAGGAAGCACUGGAGUUAAAAGGAGAAAACGACGAGUAAGGAAGAGGAAAAAAGCUAUUGACAGAAAGGUAGUCACUUCAAGAGGCCGUAUUGCUAAUAAUCUUGGAAUAGUUAAGGACAAGAAGAGCUCUUCACUUCCAACAGUAUACCGACCAGUAGAGAACACUUUGAGCAGCAUGCGGGCCGACAUUGGAGCCACAUCGCUGUCCAUCUAUGGAGAUCCAUUUGACCUGGAUCCUUUUGUUGACCAUGAGGAGGUUGAAGAGCAAGCCCAGGUUACAUCGUUGUUGGAGGCGAAAAGGCGAGGGAUCUCUCGCUCUGCCCUUCGCUCUCAUCAGCCUGUGGCCCGUCCAGUCACUGCCGGCCUCUCCAGGAGAGCUGUGGACGUGCCACACUCAGGGAGUGUUGUGGAGGCUGCUCCUGUUCCUGACCUGCUGGGAAGCAUCCUGUCUGGACAGAGCAUCCUCCUGAUGGACAGUUCUGAUGUUGUCAUUAGUCGAGACGGUUCUCUUAAAACUUCAAAGACAAUGAUGCCAUCUACACCAAUUCCAAGUAGUAGGAAAACCAGUAGUUCAAGUGAUGCCAGCGCCCUCAACAGCCCAGGAUGUUCGUACAACUUAGGAGACAACUCUGCAUCUCUGCACCACAAUGGGAAUCUAUCAGGAUCCUCACCUACCUCUGUGAAUGGACUUUUGACACCAAGAUCACCUCAUUUACUGUCCUUCGUGCCCCACUCAGCCAACCACAACCAACCAAGACCACAUUCUGACUUGACUAUUAGAGCAAAUCCAAGUUUGCAGCCUCCUCAUCCAAACAGGUCAAUUGCAACAAAUGGGAUGAGAGCUUUAAUAGAAACGCCUUCUUUAUCUGUUCACCCCAUUCAGGACUCCAACUUCAGGGACAAAGGAAUGACUCUGUCACAGUCCCAGUCUAAAAAAGCUCCUGUUAAACCCAUGUGGGUAGAUGUUUCAGUGCUUCCUCGGAUACCAAAAAUAAAAAGAGAGAGUAGUAGUGUCACAAAUGAUGGUGUUGGUCUUUUUGACAGUAGUAGAGGAAGCAGUAAUUCUACUGGUGCUAGUAAUGUUCCUGGACUGCCUGAAAGUGGCAUGAACAGCCUUUCUGGAGACAAAGGAAGGCAACAGAGUGUUGAUCAGCAAAAGGGCCACUCUGAUGGUCAGUCACAUAAGAACAGGCCUGAAAGGGCCAAUUCAUCAUCAGCAUUCUCAAACUCCUUUGCUUCCUCUUCCUCCACCACUCCUGCAAGCCAGCCUCGGCAUGCUUCAUUUUCUUCAUCUUCAGCUGUAAGUUUUCGCAUCAGUUCCAGUGGGAACUCCUGGCAUGCCAGGCGGCUAAGCAUUACAUCAUCCUCGUCAGCUGGAAACAACAUAAAAGAACAGUGGAGGGAAAAAGAAAAGGAAGCAAAAAAGAAGCAAAUGCACAAAGACAAAAAAACACUUCUGGCUUCAUGUACAACAGUCACUAAGGAACAAGACAAUAUUUAUGAUCCUUUUAAUCCCACACUAUCUGAUUCAAGUAGCUCUAGCGACGAAGCCGAGACCACAAGUUUGAAUCUCAGCCCUCAGUCUGGCCCAAAUGGAGGGAAACCUCGUAUGUUAGGAAGCAACCAGGGCUCAGUGCUUAGAAGCCAGGAUAUGGUGCAGGUUAAAACGGAAACGGAGGUUUCACAGGAAAAACCCGGGUGUUCACAGCACACUGUAACACCAGGAAUGAUAUUCUCGGCAGAUUGUAUCAAAGUUGAAAAGGAAUCAAAUUUAGUCAACGUUAAGCCUGAGAAGCAAAUGGUCCUCCUUGAUACUAUAACUAAAAAAGAACCACAUUCAGAUGAUUCUGAAAAAAUGGAACCUGAAGAUUAUUACGACAGGGCAAGAAGUGAGAGUGAGCUGAAAAGUAAGAUUGCAGAAAGUACAUCACCUGCUCAUCAACAUGAAGAACACAUAAAAGUUGAGACAAAUCGUCAAGAGAACAGUGAACCUCCUGCUGAAACAUCCAGUAGAUCUCUUCUCAACUACGGGAAUGAUUCAUCAGCUUCCUGUUCAAGUACCAUCACAAAGAAACAGACAGAAGACACUAAAUCAGAUUCACCAACCUGUUCCAGUACCCUCCUAAAAGAUUUGGGCCGUAGGAAGCAAAGUUCCAAAACUUCCAAGAAUCAACCUUCCAGUAGUUCAGAGACAGACAGAGGCAGAAGAGAAGAACGUCAUGUGUCUGAUAAGGGAGGCAAAAAGGACGGGGACAAAGGCAGAGAGAAAGACAGGAACUCAAGGCGAUCAAGAGAAAGACGGAGGGCACCAUCAACCUCUGACAGCUCUCAACCCAAAUCACCAGACAGAACUUACAGGAAGAGGCGGAGGUCCCAAUCACAAUCUAAAGAUAAGACAAAGAGGCGAUCCAGAUCUUGUUCCAGCUCUAGCAGCAGAGAGCGUUCAAGGAUGAAGAAGCAUAAUCGUAGGAGCAAGGAGAGAAAUGAACACACAGAGAGAAGGCGAGGAUCCAAGGACAAAAGACAUGGUCGAUCUCGCUCUAAAUCAAGGUCCGUGUCGCGCUCUAGAUCCAGAACAAGAUCGAGGGAUCGUAAGCGCCGCUUAUCUCGUUCAAGAUCACAGUCUAGAUCCAGGGAAAGGAGGAAAGAUUCUGCCAGACAACAUGCAACAGUCUCUUCCAGAGACAAGGUGGAUUCAAGAUGUAAAGAUAGGAGACAAAGGACUAGAUCCAGCUCAAGAGAGAGAAGGAAAGAUGAUAGAUCAACCAUAUGUACAAACACAACUUCAGCUUCACAUGUUUUAUCCUCCAGAGACAGAAAUCUCCCACUGGAAAGAAAAAAGGAGAAAGAAAUUACUCAAAGAAACUUUGAGAAGAACAAAUGUGCUGAAGUGAAAAAACAAGAGUUGCCUUCCUGUUCUUUUGUUUCUCAGGUCAAAAAUGAAGACCAAAAUUUUGAAGAAGAGAGCCAGGCCAAAGAAAUGUUAAUAGUAUUAAAAAACAAAAAGGAAAUUAAGAAAGAAAAACCUCACCUUCUGGAUAUGUUUGAAGAUUGUCCAGCUGUUAAACAAAUUAAAAGUGAAGAAAACGACGCACCCUCCUUAGCAGUAUCCAACAGCGAUGAUGAGGUAUUGGAAGAUCAUAGCAAGACGAAUUCUUGUGAAACAACCAUAAUCAAAUCUGAGACAAGUCCCACAGAGGAAUGCCCUUCACCGCCUGUCUCCUCACCUUCUACACUGACCAUAGAAGAGCCCCUCCACGACUCAGUUUGUCAGUCUCAGCCAGGUUCAUCAGAGUCUAGCAAACAGCAAAACCCAGCUGGGGUGGCGGUCCCUAUAAAACAGGAACCCUCAGAGUCGGAUGAUGAUUUUAAUGUUGAUGUGAUGCUGGACAGUCUAGAUAAUAUCAAAUCAGAGCAAACUGAGGCUAGCGAUGCAAGUGCUGAACAGGAGAAAGAAGCUGUGGAGGAGAAGUAUGAGGGGGAGCAGAUAUCAGCUAUGGUGGGAUCAAAGUCCAAGGCUCAAGUGAAACGCGUUACCUGGAACAUACAGGAACCAGAGGGGCCUCAGCCAGAGAAAUCUCAGAGCAAGCUAGCACUGUAUAAAUUGAAGCUGAAACAGGAAGGAUUGCGGAAACCCUCUUUGCCUGUCCAGGCAUCCACUCAGGGCACUGUGGGUGACCCCUCGACGAAAGGUGCUGCUGGUUUACAGACUGAUAGCUCAGGUUCUGGAAGCCUCAAUCCUGGGGAGUUAUCAACCACUGAGCAAAGAGAAGCAGAAGAAGGGGAUUUGUCAAGGAAAGACAAGUAUUUGAAAAAGCUGCACAUGCAGGAGAGAGCUGUUGAAGAGGUGAAGUUAGCCAUCAAGCCUUUCUACCAAAAGAGAGACAUCAACAAGGACGAGUACAAAGAGAUUCUGCGUAAAGCAGUUCAGAAGGUUUGCCACAGCAAGAGUGGGGAAAUCAACCCAGUGAAAGUGGGAAAUCUGAUCAAGGCAUAUGUGGAAAAAUACAAACAUGCAAGGAAACAUAAAAAAGGGGAGGAUUCAGCAAAGGUAUCCGAGGAUCAGAGCGAGCAAAUGAAAAUAUCUGACAGUCCAUGAAGAACCACAAACACUCAUGGACAUCCGCAUCUCCAGCUUUGCGCUCUAUAUCUCACGCAAACCCAAUCAAAAUGGUAAACUAAAAUUAAUACCUAGUUCUAAUAUGGAACAGUUUCUUAAAUGUUUGUUGCUAGUAAAAUGUCGACCAGAAACUUUCUUUAAAAAAUGACUUGAAUGCCGCCCAUUUGUGUCUUUUUCUUGGGUCGUUUCUGGCAGAAAGUGAUUUUCUCCAGCUCAGAGACUUCGAAACUCUGAAGUUUUGCCUUAAAAAGGCAUAACUCAAAGACCAUCCGAUGGAAAUAUAAAUCAGGUAGCCUUCUCCUUCAUAUGCCAUAACACAUAGAGGAUUCAGUGUGAUUUUGUUAUUUUGUUGUCUAUGGAUGUUAUUUCUGUUUUCUAUGCAGGGAUUGAGUUAUUUAUGAGUGUCAAAACUAAAUGUCAAGUGGUGAAACUAUGCAGCUGGUGCAUAUUCAUGAAUCUCACAUUACAGAAAGACACCAUUAUGCAAUUUUGUAGAAAAAUUUACCAGUGUGGUAAUAACCCAAUUUUAGUUUCAGUUGUAAAUAAUUCAGAUUUGAUAUAAAUAUCCAAGGGAUUGUUUCAUCUGUAUUGCCUGUUGUGAAUAAUUGACAUCUUUGAUUUUUUUUUCUUUUUUAUUAUAUAUAUAUAUAUAUAUAUAUACAUAGAAGUUAUUUAAGUUCUGUAAUUAAGAGCAUGUGUUGUGUCUUCCACAUCCAACUCUAAUCUACUAAAUCUAGUUGAACAGAGGAAAAGUGAAUACAUAAGAGCCCAGAUCACGAUUUGUGCUCUGGUUCAUUGUGGGGAGGGGUUUACACCAGGAUUACUCUUUUUCAGUCCUUAACAGAGAUGUAGAAAAUACGUUUUUAGAGUUAGUUUUUUUCUCUCAUCAUUUGUAAUAAAAUGAACCAUUUCUUCAAAUAUAUGAAACUUGAUUGGUCUGCUUAUUUUCUUUAACUAGUUGACAGCAUAUUCACAGGGGGUAAUAUAGAUUUUAUUUAGAGUAACUUUAUUUCAACCUUCCCUUUCUUAGAAAUUGUUAGUCCACUUUUUAUCUUUGUUCAGCCUUCUGCUUUCAAGUCUUAUAUUUUUCUUUAAUAUCUUUGGUUCAUUUGCAGAUUUCUGUGCUAUGUUUAGAAAUAAUUGACUAAGUUUAUUGGCUUUGUUUUAUUUGUUGGUGAGGUCAGUUUCUAGGCUGCUCACAUGUUGUAAAUAUUUGUCACUCGAGGUGCAACAGAAGUAAAAUGCCUUUUGCUUGCAAAAUUAUGGUUUUAACCCUUCUGCAGCUGAUAAAGCCGUAUUGUGUCCAAACGUACAUUGUUUCAGUCUUCACUUCUAUGUAUUGCCUAUUAUUUUUAAAAUAAUCACUGCAAAACAAAUUUUGAAUUGUUUGUCAUAUCUACUGUACAUUAGUUACUGUAAUGAUUUACUAGCAGGGUUAUUGGACUCCCUGUGUGUAAAGGCUUUAUGAAGCUAAGGACCUAGAAAGGAAGGAAAAAAGGUGCACAUCCUUAUCUGAAUGUUUUUUAUUUUUUGUUCAUUUAACUUGAUGGAACAGACUGGGUGUUUUUCAAAUGGGACACAAAUAAAACUGUAAUUUAAAUAA